ACGUAGGAAAGAAACCACCACAAGCCGUCAUUUAUGAUGAUGUAAAACGCGUGGUUGAAUUUUUGCAAAAUUAUGCGGACACGUAUGGUAUCCCCCAACCAGCAGCUCCCAGAGGAAGCGACAAUACUCCUCCAAUUUAUCUUGACAGUGGCAAAACAAAACUAACCAUUCAUAAAGAGUAUAUAGAAAGUUGUCGCGAGGCUGGGGUUAGAUCUUUGCAGCGAACUGCUUUCUGUGAAAUUUGGAAAAGCUGUCUGUGUCACAUUAGAAUAGCUUCGCCUAGGGAUGAUGUAUGCGCAACAUGUGAAGGCCAUAGAAAGAACAUUAUGAAGGCAAUAGAAGAGAGUGAAAAGUUAGAGGCUGCCGAAAACUUCAAACAACAUGUGAUAAAUGCCCAAAAAGAAAGAGAACUUUAUAAUGACUGUGUAAAGCGUGCCAAGGAAACAUGCAUAUUAAGUUCUGAUAAAAGAACAAACCACUAUACUUUUGAUUUUAGUCAAAAUGUAUCCAUUCCUCACUUCUCGCGGCAAAUGGGGCCAAUUUAUUUCAUGUCCCUUCGCAAAGUACAGAUUUUUGGUGUACGGAUAGAUGGACUGCCUAAACAGCUCAAUUGUUUGAUUGAUGAAAGUGAAACUAUGGGCAUAGAUGGUACCCAAACACACGGACCCAAUGCUGUCAUCUCGAUGCUGGAUAUGGUGCUAGACACCCACGGGCGUGGUGAAUCGACAUGCUCCAUCCAUGCGGAUAAUUGUCCAGGUCAGAACAAGAACCGCUACCUCAUUGGCUAUUUCACAUGGCGUGUGAUGACCGGUAGACAUGUCGUGAUAGAAUACCACAUGCAAAUACCAGGACAUGCCAGGUGUCUGGUUGACAGUGGAUUUGGGCAUUUAAAGAAACUUUACAGGAGGUCGAACAUUGAGACAAUGGACUCAUUGACCCAGAUGGUGAAUAUGUCCUCAGCAUCCAAUGAAGCAGUGAGGUAUCCGGCAUGGAACUGGCGGGAUUGGAAAGGGUUUUUGUCCCGACUGUUUUGUCCUGUACCAGCGAUAAGACAAUAUCAGUACUUCCGCAUGACGACGGAAGAGCCAGGUGUGGUCACAAUGCGCACGAGAGUCGGAUGUCCAGAGGUCAAGGUUACAGUGACUAUGGAUGGCGUCCAUAUUCCAUACCAACAACCGCAGAUUGUAGAGGCCAAAGGACUCAGCCGAAACAGACAGGAGUACUUGUACAAAGUUGUCAGGCCAUAUCUCAGCGAUGCUUACAAGGAUGCUACUUGCCCAUGCCCAGAAACAUCACUAUAGUUAUGUCGUCGCAUCUAUCGCAUCUACGGCGAAAUAUUACACACAUUAUAAUGUCAAUAUUUACAGGCGAAUGACAAAUAACUUGAAACUUAUUCUUCAGUACUUUUUGAAUAUCCUUCAAUGUCUGUUUGAAUACAUUGGUUUAUUUAUAACACAUUUAAAUAACACUUUUUCAUAUCAAAUGAAAUAUUUGUAUUCACUUCUGCUCGUUUCUAUAGAAUUCAUGGCAAACGAAGAAUUAUGCAUACAAUAUAAGCUGUACGAUAAAUAAAUUGUGAACAUGCUAAGAAUAAUUAUAAAAAUUAUUAAAGAUUACUCGACUCUUAAUUUUUAGAAACAGCACUUUUGGGAAAUAAAAAUCUAACAUUUCAACACAAUGAAAUUAUUUUAUUAUUUUUAUUAUUGGAUAUUGUUGGUUUAUGUAUUAAUGGUGUAAUUGAUAAUGUUUGUUUUGAUGCGUGCAUUCCUAUGAAAAACUAAAUGAUAUGUUGUGAAAAUAUGUGAGAUUAGUUUAGAAAAAAAUGAUUUAAACUGUAUGGUUUGCUGGUCGAUGUAGAUAUAAGUGGACUUUGUUGCUAAGCAACGUAUGUUAGUUUACAGUUUAAUGUUAAUCACAACUAUUUUUAGACCAAAUAGAUACCUGAUAAUAUAUUUUUAACAAAAUAAAUGUGUUCUUAAAUGUUAAA